CAUUCCAGGUUACAGAUUAAAACCCACUGUUCUAUACAUCUACCUGCAACCUUAUUUACUUACUUACUUUUUUCUAUGUUAUCUUUCAUUUGAUCCAGGCAAUGGUUGACAAUAGUCAUAAGUUAUCAUUUCGAAAUGUAAAGAUCCUGUACAUCAUUAUCGAAGCUCUUAAGUUGAACCAUGUCAUUGACGUCCUCAAAUGCUUCCCCUGCUUACAACAGUUUCACAUCCGGUCACUGAUGCGCCAUGUUCCAAUGAGGAUCAACGACAAGCCGGCUGAUGGUACUGUGGACUGCAUUCACAAACAUCUCAAGCAAAUAGAAGUAACAAACUAUUCUGGCAAUAUAUCAGAUGCAAACUUUUUCAAGUUCUUUAUUUUGAACGCAAGGGUGCUAGAGUUGGUGAAGCUUCAUAUCCCUUUUAGGAUCAACAAUAAGUGGAGGUCUAAACAACGUAAGCAGAUGAAUUUUCUGAACAGAGCUUCUCCAAAUGCUCUGAUUCAGUUUGAGGGCUCAGUGAGCAGGUGAUCAACCACACACUCAAGUGUCAAAUUCUGACCCCGGCCUUUGGCAGCUCGCUAUAUGUACCAUGCCGCUAGCAUUGUAAUGUGCUUGAAGGAGAUGUACUCUUGCCCCAUUGUUGUUUUAUGUAUUUGCAAA